GUAAACUUUUAUUUGCGAAACGUGUUGCGUGCCGAAGGGGGAAGGAAAACCUGUUCUCCACCCGUCGAUAUUUUGGGGUCAUUCCGGCCACCAUUGCUCCACGCCGCUUUGUUAUGGCGUCCGUAGUCGAUGGGCGAGAGGCGACGAGUUUUCGGGAUGGCACAGAAAAUGUAUGAUAUCUACCACAUGGCGUGCAGGGGAGGUACGAGCAUGGGCGCGGAGCAUCUGCAACGGAAACGCCCUUUGGGUCUACCUUAGGCGUCGAGUCGCACCGGAUCGUUGUCUCAUAGGGCCCUGGGUCCGCCUCCCACAUGGUGAGGGUGUUCGUCGGUGCAUCACGGGCGUUGCCUCGGCCUAAAACGUAACCGCCUCGUUUCUUCGUUAGCGUCUUUUAAAUUCCGGGUCGUUACGUCACGGCUGGACCGGCGCCAACAUUGUCCACUACCUGUUUUUCAUAAUCGGUGGGAGGCGAGUGACGGAAGUGGUCUCCCCGGCGCCCGUCCGCGCACCAACGAAUUUUGAAAUUUUAUCGGGCCCAAUUAAUAGAAACGCUCGGCGUCCCGGAGCGGGCGGACAGGAAGCGACGCAUUUCUCUUUGGCUGACGCAACGUCGCGCUGUAAGUCGUGACGUAACGCCAGGCCGAAACUGCGAACCGAGCGUGAAUUGCGAAGUCGAUAUCGGAACAGACGCGACGGUAACUCCCCGUGGGCCAUUGAAAACGUCACGCACGACGGAAGGGGAAAAGAUAAAAAGACUGCGUUGUUCCCGCCGAAAUAAUUAGGGCGGCGUUUAUAUGGCCGUUUAUUUCGGUAAGAGGGACCAGACUAAGGGGAUGUGGUCACGCGACGCUAUAUUUCCACUUUUCCGGCCUUCGUUUCGAAAACUGGAGGCGGGAGUUGGUUUUGUGUCCGCAUUCUUUGUGUCCCGCCUACCGAACGGGCGGGGGGGAGGACAACAGAAUUAAGUAGUCCCGCCUUCGGACAUCUGGUGUAUUCCUCCACACCUCCGCCCAACUGUUAAACUCAAAAAAUAUAUCAUACGUUGUAGUCAUUACUAGUUUGUUUAGUUGGAGCUAUAUUUUUCGGCACGACUUUCUUCUAGAAUUAUAGAAUGCCCUAUAUAAAAAUUAUUCGGGGUAUUAGAAUUUGGGGGACUAUUUUGCGUGCGCAUUGAUCUUACCUCACCACGCGCCACGUGCAGCAUAGAUGAAGUUGGUUGCUCGUCGCCAUCUUGGAUCCGCGCGAAAAGCGUCGAACGGCGAGUAUUUUGUUAUCGAAUCGCGUCUGGAGUGGUCGGAAUGACUACGGUAGCUGUUAGGAGACAACAGCAAGACUACGUGGUACCGAGCAGCACAUCUCAGGACAUCCAACCAUCCCCUUUGGCACUGUUGGCGGCGACCUGCAGCAAGAUCGGCUCCCCAACCGACGAGGGAGGUGCAGCUUCGACCGUCAAGUUGCAGAAUCAAGUACUGCAAGCGGGUGAAGUGCCCGUGGCCGCCUCCACGCACUUCAUCCCCGUCCAGAGUCAAACGGUCGGAGUCCUUAACCCCGACGGCACCGUCACCCAAGUAAAUGCUCAACCCGCCGUCAAGACGACUGCCACUCCACCGCAGAACGUGGCUACUGUCAACGGAUAUCCGCAAGGCCAAAUCGUAGCUCAAGCUGGUAAUAAUAUUACAUACAAUGUCAUACCAGCUGCACAAAUUCAGAAUAUUCAAAUCGACGGACAAGAAGCCAUUUUCAUCCCAGCUUCCUUUGGACAACAAACCAUACAGAUUGCAGGAAAUCAGGCCAUCAUUACUCCUGCUGGACAGUACGUUCGGGGUCAGGUGCCCCAGACCGUCCAGGGACAUCCCCAAGCUGUUAUUCAAGGUGUGGGAAACAUGAACAAUGUGGCUAUAGCUCAGAUUGGUGGACAGAAUGUGGCCAUCAGACAGGGCAAUGUGGUUCAGACUCUCCAGCUACCUAUUGCCCCGGUUCAGCAGACAAUACCGGUUCAGGUUCCCAUUUCUACAGCCGGAGGACACACCAUCGUUCAGACUAUACAUCUGCCUUUGCCCAUGCAAGCCGUGGCCGGUGGAAACAUGCUGGCCUCUGCGGGACAGCCUCUGACCGCCCAGGUGGUUUCCCAAUUGGCAGCUUCGCAGAUGACGCCACAGGUCACCCAGGUGAGCAUUGAGGAAGGAGUGGAGAAUGAGUUAACUGGUCAAGGACAAAUACAAGUAGCCACUCCUAUUCAGAUGACUCAAGCUACAGUGUCUCAACCAGCUGCUGCUACAAAUACUACAUGGACUACUACAGCUGUUGCUCCAGUAAUGGCGUCUGCUCCAGUAACAUCAUCAGAUGCAGCAAGUGCAGUUUCAUCACAGUCUCAGACAGCUGCUACUUCUAACUCCAAUGCCAGCACAACAGCUGGCAUUGGACAACCAGUAACUGUUACUAAUCUUCAGUUACCUACUGGCCAAGUGGUGCAGGGACAAGUGGGACAACUUAUUGCCCAGAGCAAUGCAGCCACGUGGUGGCCUUCAGCCAUAAAUGUUUCAGGCUUGACAGGUUUAAGAUCACCAAAUAUCAUUCAAGUAACUGGGCUUCCUACAGUAGCUGGAUUGCAGGGUGUACAAAUGCAAGGUGGUGCACCUGGACAACCACUGUUAGCUGGAACAGCAGCCAUACAAGGCUUAAGUUUAACACCAACAGGUAGUGUCAUUGCCACAAAUGCUAUUCCAACAAUUACCCAACCCCAGCAAAUGGCACCACUUAGUCCCAUUCAAACAGUUCAGACAUUAGGUGGAGCACAGAUUGUAGCUCAACAGAUACAGCCUGAUCCUAAUGAUCUCACAAAAUGGCAAGUGGUUGCUACAGCAGCAGCAGUCACUACUCCACAGCCAGUUACUUCCCAAAAUCAGCCAUCCACUUCUUCAACUGCCACCACUACAGAUUCAGCUUCUUCUACUACAGAAGUAGGAAGCAGUGGUCGAAGGUUGAGAAGGGUUGCUUGUACUUGUCCUAACUGUAGAGAUGGGGAAAGCAGGAGCUCUUCCUUAGAAACCAAGAAAAAACAACAUAUCUGCCAUAUGCCUGGCUGUAAUAAGGUUUAUGGUAAAACUUCUCAUUUGCGGGCCCACUUAAGAUGGCACACUGGAGAACGUCCUUUUGUAUGCAAUUGGCUUUUCUGUGGAAAACGCUUCACUCGGUCAGAUGAGUUGCAAAGACACAGAAGAACUCAUACGGGUGAAAAAAGGUUCCAAUGUGCAGAAUGUUUAAAAAAGUUUAUGAGGAGUGAUCAUCUAUCAAAACAUUUGAAAACUCACCAAACAAAGAAGGCAGGAAACUCUGUGGGGGGUGGAACAGAAGAAUUUGCUGGUGACAGUUGUGACCUGACCAUGACAGUAGAUGUUGACCAAGACAACGACCUCUACAUAAGUGAAGGUGCUCUGGAUGGUAAUCAGCAAUUGAAUACAUGAUAAAUUUCAAAUAUGAAGAUGGGAAUACAGAAUAUAUACAGAUUUUUAUGUAUAAAGGUAUUCAAUGGAAAGAUAACACUUCCCAUAUACAUUGUAAAUAUUUGAACAUUCUGGAUAUGCAGUGCCUUUGUAUAAAUAAGAAAUUUCAUUUGCUACAGUCUGAUGUACAAUUCCUAGAAAAAUAUUUGAAAAAAUAUCCAUAUACAAUAUAUCAUAUAUAUAGUAUAUACACAAAUAUGUGUAUAUUUAUAUAUAUAAAAUAAAUUUAUAUAUAUAUAUGCCUAUAAAUAAAAAGAAAGAAUACUACUUGUUUAUUAUAUACUUUAUUAUGCACAAAUUAUCAAAUGGUAUUAAAACCAUUUUGCCUCAUUACUCAUCUGUUUUUAAGAAAGAUUAAAAAUAUAUAUAUAUAAUUUUUAAUUUUGUCAUAAUACAGUUAACAAAACUUAUCAAUGAUAAUUUUGUAGAAUGCACGGAAGUUUUUGAAAUUAUUGAUCUUCGAUUCGUUUUUUGAUCCAUUUUAAGGUUGUGUGAAGAAGAAUAAUGGAUUUCUAUUCGACUCGAAGAUCACUGAAUUAAUGUAUUCAUGCCAGUAUUACAUUGUUUAUUUAGAAGAGAACAAAAAUUUUAAACAAAAUUGAAUUUGCACUAUGACAACAUCUAAAUCACUAAUGUAUUAUGAUUUUGUUAUUAAAUUUAAAAGAAAUUUUAUCGUGAUUUAGUACGU